UCUUCGUAACCGUAACUAUCGGACAAUUCUCUGUCGCUGUUCUGUGGUAGAAAAGUUUUAAAACGUGACAAUUGCUAUAGCAAUUUCAAAUUAUUUCAAAUAAAUUUAUGAGAUUAUUUGAUAAGUAAAGAUGAGCAGAUUUUUUGCGGGGUCUGAUACAGAAAGUGAAUCUUCAUCCUCUGAAGAGGAACAGGUGCCACAGAAGGCACAGGGAAUCACUUCUGCUUUUACAUUUAGUGAUGAGGAAGAAGAUGUUAAGAGAGUUGUUCGAAGUGCACGAGAGAAGAGGUAUGAAGAACUUACAGAAAUUAUCAAGUUGAUCAAAAACCAUAAAAAAAUCAAAGAUAUGAGUAAAUUACUGACAAGUUUUGAAAAUUUGACUCGUGCUUUUGUGAAAGCUCGUCCUGUAAUAGAAAAAGAAGAGAAAGGUGUCAUCCCCAAAUUCUACAUACGUUGCCUGGUGGAAUUAGAAGAUUUUAUUGCAGAAUGCUGGGAAGAUAAAGAUGGGCGCAAAAAUAUGUCUAAAAACAAUUCAAGGUCAUUGGCAACUCUUCGUCAAAAGCUUCGUAAAUAUAACAAGGAUUUUGAGAAUGAUAUUGCAAAUUAUCGUGCUAAUCCCACACCAGAAAAUGAAGACAGGGAAGAUGAGGAGGAACCAGAAUCCGAUGAAGAAUCUGAAGAUGAAAAGCCAAGUGAUUUCUUGAAAAAAACUGCAAAAGCUGAAAAAGAAGAACACAAAGCCAAACCAAUGAAAGGGUCUGAUGAGGAAGAAUCUGAUGACGAUUCUAUCGAUUGGGGAUCAUCGUCUGAUGAGGAGAGUUCUUUGUCUACAGAUGAUGAAAAAUAUGGUGGCAAUCUUGCAACAAAAUUCUUGAAGAGACCUGGUGAAAAAGAUGAGACUAAAGAAGUAACCCGAAGAGAAAAGAAGCGAGACAAGGAAAGAAAAGAACGUAAGAAGGAUGAAGAUGAUGAAGGAUGGGAAGAAGUUAAAGGCGGGGCUCCAAUUAUUAUGGAGAAACCCAAAAUGUUUGCUAAAGAUGCUGAAAUUAAUCAUCAAGUAGUGCUUAAGAAAUUCAAUGAAAUAUUAGCUGCCAGAGGUAAAAAAGGAACUGAUCGAAGUGAACAGAUUGAUCUUCUUAUUGAACUUUUAAAUGUUUGUGAAGCUCAUAACUUGGGCUCUGGUGUUUCCUUGAAGAUAAUGUUUGCUAUUAUUGCUGCCAUUUAUGAUUACAAUCCUAACAUAGCCACUUGUAUGAAGGCUGAUAUGUGGCAGAAGUGCUUGGACUUCAUCAAACAGCUAUUGAGUAUUUUAAUUGAAAAUCCCAACAUUGUUGUGGGUGAGCACAUCCUUGAGGAAUCGGAACAGCUUGUCACUCCACCAUACAAGGUUAAAGGUUGCUGUCUGACAGUUGUUGAGAGGAUGGAUGAAGAAUUUACCAAAAUGUUGCAGGGUUGUGAUGCACAUUCACCUGAAUAUGUUGAAAGGUUAAAAGAUGAAACUGUUGUCUGUGAAAUCAUUGAAAGACUCCAAGCGUAUCUGGAAGACAGAGGUACACCUUCAGAAUUGUGUCGCAUAUACUUAAGACGCAUUGAGCAUUUGUAUUACAAGUUUGACCCUCGUAUGUUUGUGAAGAAACCUGAGGAAACAACACCAUCCAUUUUAAAUGGCAUGAAAAUUAUUGCUGGGCAAGAGCCAGCUGAAAAGAAAUCUGAUGAAGAAGAAACCAGUGCAGAUAUCAUAACUAAACUUUGCAAAUUCAUAUGUGCUAAAGACACAACAGAUAGAAUUAGAACACAAGCUACAUUAUUUCGCAUUUAUCAUCUUGCCUUACAUGAUCGAUGGUUUCAAGCCAGAGAUCUUAUGCUUAUGUCACAUCUUCAGCUGACGAUUGAACAUUCUGAUGUGUCUACUAUGAUUAUUUACAACAGAGCUCUGGUACAGCUUGGACUGUGUGCCUUCAGGCAUGGUUACAUUAAGGAUUCUCAUUCAGCACUUUUGGACAUCCAGAGUGGUGGAAGAGCCAAGGAAUUGCUUGCUCAGGGAUUGUUACCCCAGCGUCAGCAUGAGAGAACACCAGAUCAGGAGAAGAUUGAAAAAAGAAGACAAAUUCCUUUUCAUAAGCACAUAAAUCUAGAAUUGUUAGAAUGUGUUUACUUAGUUUCUGCUAUGCUGCUUGAAAUCCCAUAUAUGGCAGCUCAUGAACUAGAAGGAAGAAGAAGAAUGAUAAGCAAAUCUUUCCAUCAUCAGUUGAGGAAUAGUGAGAGACAGGCUUUGGUAGGACCGCCUGAAAGUAUGAGGGAACAUGUAGUGGCUGCCUCCAAAGCUAUGCGUGUGGGUAACUGGAAAGCUUGCAAGGACUAUAUUAUCAAUGAAAAGAUGAAUGCUAAAGUAUGGGAUCUAUUCCAUCAAGCUGAGAAAGUACGAGAGAUGAUAUCUCAAAAGAUCCAAGAAGAAGCUCUUCGCACUUACCUUUUCACUUAUAGUAGCUACUAUGAUUCUCUUUCCGUUGCUAGACUUUCCGAAAUGUUCGAACUCGAACAAAGUGUUGUUCACAGUAUUCUGUGCAAAAUGAUUAUUAAUGAAGAAUUAAUGGCAUCUUUGGAUGAGCCAACUCAGUCUGUAAUUCUGCAUCGUACUGAACCUUCUAGAAUUCAAGCUUUGUCUCUACAGUUAGCUGAUAAAGUUUCAUCUCUGGUUGAACAAAACGAACGUCUGUUGGAUUUGAAACAAGGAUCUUAUUUCAGUAGAAAUCUUGGUCAACAAUCUGGAAACAGAGAUUCUAAUUUCCAGAAGAGUAAUUACAACCAGCAAGAUAGAAACUGGAAUCGCAGAAAUCCUCAACGUGCCUAUUAGAAACAAAUUCUUUCUUAAGUAAUGGACUAUAAUGUAAAAAGAAAUGUAUGCAACAUCAAAAAUUUUCAUUGGUUUCUGUCUCAACAUGUAUUGUUAAUAAGUUUAUAAAAUAAAGCUUAUGAAAAACAA